AUGCAAUCUCUACUGAGCAGCCAUCUCUCACGUCUCGAGAUUGACGUUGGCGCUCUCGAUAGCAAGGUCGACUCGCUGGGCCACGAGAUACAUCAAAUCGAAGCGAACCUGACACCUGUGGAGGAAUGCACCCGGGUGAUUGAAGAAUCAAUGAAAAAGGCGAUUGACAUCCUACGCGACCCCAAAAGACCUUCGGAUGCCCCUCAAGCCACCUCGACAAGACUGCAUGACACCGCGUCUGCUAUGGGUGCUUCGACUGGAUCGUCCACAGCGGUGGCCACAGAUGCACACUUUGGCGGGGUAUCGUCAAGCCACAUCCGACUCGCGAAGCAGGCUGCAGCGCACUCCUAUGCAUCUUGGGUCGUAAAACCAGACCCAAACCACCCACCAAACUUUCUCUGGCUCCUCAAGUGGUGCGAAUUCGGCAUUGAAGAAUGUACAUGGAAACCGACGCAUACAUUUGAUGGUACGACGCUCAUCAAGGAAUUCUACGCGGCAGCACAGGCAGAGGAACUCGACCUGACAUACGAGGUUUCUGCGGACAAGGUCAUCCUCCUCAAUGAAGCAAGAGAAUUCGUAGGCACAUGGGUAACAAGCCAUGCCUGA